GGCGAUGCAAGGGUCCAUGGCGAUGAGCUGCUGCGCACGCUUCUAGCACUACGUACUAUCGAACACCGUGGGCAAGAUUGCCAAGCAUAUAAUGCGCGAGUUUCCGCGAGAGAGAGGCACAAGACACCCCCACCCGGCCCCAAACGCAUGGCUAUCGCAGGAGGCAGUUCUCUGGCACCUCGCGUCGAAACGAUCGUCAUUCCCCCGCGGGCGGAACACACAGCGACUGUGUUCUUUAUUCACGGCCUCGGCCAGGAAGCCGAUUCCUGGGUUCCUACCUUGCAGAGGGUCGUAGACCUACUGCCAGAGGUGAAGUGGGUCUUACCCCAAGCGCGUACCGCACCCGUUACAUAUAAUCAGGGUCAGAGGCGACCGAGCUGGUUCGACAUCGCGAACCUCCCUCCGUGCAAUUGCUAUGAUGAACCUGGCGCCACGGCGUCGGUAGCCACUAUUGAAAACCUCGUAACGGCCGAAGUGCGCUCCGGCACUCCUCCUACGCGUAUCGUCCUCAUCGGUUUCAGUCAGGGCGGGGCUCUGGCCAUGAUGACCGCCCUCACGACGCUCCAAGAGUUGGGAGGCGUAGCGAGCCUGUCGGGAUGGAUUCCUCAGCAAUCUAGGCAGGCAAUGCUCCAGCUGGAACCCUGUCUCCCGGUGUUUUGGGCACACGGCAUUCCGGAUACCGAAGUCCCGAUCUCCUAUGGUGCAGAGAGUGUGGAAUUUCUACGCGAAUCGUUACACAUCUCGGACGACAAGCUAGUGUUCAAGAAGUACGAACAGUUGGAACAUACUGUGAACGACGGAGAGUUGGACGACCUCGCUGUGUGGUUGACGCAACUUCUAGGUUGAUUGCUAUGGUUUCCAAGUGAAUAUGUUUUCCGUGCUCUAUGUGCUUCCCAAAACGUUGUAAACUCCGUAUGCCCCCCAUAAUUACUACGAAGCUACUCGACAUUAGUCGCUGUAUU